AGGUGCGUACGUGCAGUACGGUGGAACGUGGAACACGCGCGUUAUUCGUUCGCUCCAAAAAGAAACCGAAAGAGCGACGUAACGAUGAUGCGCAACGAUAUCACGAUUGUGUUGUGCGUGUUGUUGUUGUUCGUCACAACAGGUAGUAAAGCGAUACGCUGUUACCAGUGCAGCUCCGACACUGAUCCAGACAAGGAAGACCUUUGUGGAGCCUACACAAAAUUCGACAAAGAGAGGAAUGUACCUAUCGAGUGUAACAGCGAGGAAUCACAUAUGCCUGGCACAUUUUGUGUCAAGUACACUGAGCAGAGCCCACGUGGUUUCAUUUGGGAUGGUAGGUGGCGACAGGUGAUUCGACGAUGCGGUUCUAUCUCCAGUACCGGGGUCACAGGGGUCUGUAACUGGGGUGUUCAUGAGAACGGCGUUUACUGGCAAGAAUGUUUCUGCUCUGAGGAUGCCUGCAACGCAGCAUCCAAUCUGAUGUCCCUUACCACGCUGUUCCUCACGGCAUGUUGUGCCAUCGUUACGCUAUCUUGUUUCAAGUGAAAAAAAAGUUUACUAAUUUUUUAAGUAUUUUCGAAAUAUGAAAACGGUAAGAUAAAUAUUGGACCAAAAAGGAUCAAUAUUAGAGCUUUUGUUAUAGGAAAUGAGAAGCUUAGAUUAACAUGCGCGCAUAAAGAAUGGCACAGAUGUUUUUUUAAAGAA